CAACUGGUGGCCAAUCGCCGUGGUGGUAAGAACCUGAUCUAUCAGGGGCACAUGUACUCCGUGGAGCGCAAGUACCGGAACAGCAUCAACUGGGUCUGCUCCAAGAACAGCAACAGUGCGCUCCGCUGCCCGGCGAGAUGCGUCACCAAUCCGGAAAGUACCACAGGCAUCAAGCUGAGCCACCGGCACCACAACCAUCCGGCGGAUUCCUUCAAACUGCACAAGCGGAGUCGGAAGCGACCUGGCAAGAGGAGCAGCAGCUAGCCAUGCUCCUAAUCCUGGAUCGACAAUUGUUCCCGGCAUCGUAGUGUUUAUAAACAGAACGGAUUUACGAUCAUCGAUGGCUACCGCUUUGUGAUCGGCACUACGAAUCUCCGUCGCACG